AUGCACCAUCUACGCACCUGCGCCCCCGCCACUGCCAACAGCAGCAACAACAACAACAUGACCGACUCUCCCCACGCUGAGGACGCCGCCGAGGGCACCACCCUGAUUAACGAUACCGACGUCAAGGCCAAGGCCGCCGGGACCAAGAAGGAGGCCGGCGCUCUGAGUUCUCAAUCUAAGAAGAAGGAGAAGAAGGAGAAGUUCGCCGCCGCCGCCGCCAAGAGAAGGGCCGACGACGCCGCCGCCGCCGCCAGGCUGAAGGCGCAGAUUGCUGCCGCCGCCGAGGCCGAGGCCGCCAAGGAAGAUAAGGCCAAGGGCAAGGCCAAGACCCCUAAAGGCGAGCUCGUCGAUCGCGACGCCCCCUGCGACAGGUGCCUCGGGCACCUCAUUGAUAUCUGUCUGGGCCACCGCAAGUCCACCACCCCCAGGGAGGUGGACUGUCGUAACGAUAGCGAGGUUGCCAGCACCAAGUGCUGGAAGUGUGCCAGUAACGGCCGGGCCUGCGAGCCCACCAAAGGCACUCGGAUGUGCUCCCUGGCGGCAAAGCUGUACGCCGAUCCCACCGACAUGACCACGGCCCUGGAGCUCAAAAAGCUCCGGGCUGCUGCGAAAGAGAGGGCCAAGAAGGCCAAGACCACCCCCCCCGCCGCCGCUGCCAGUCCUCGCAGCUCGCGCGCCGCCACCCGGCAACUGGCGCUGUCGGAGCAGAUCGCCCGGCGUCUCUGCGCCGAGGACUUCGUGCCGCUCCCGCCUCUGUCGGACGAGGAGAUGACCGAGGAGGACGAGUCUGAGGAGGAUUAA